GCCGAAGUGAGCCGCCGGUGGCGCUGCUCCCUUUAAACAGGCUGCUCUCCGCAGUUUUUCCAGCCGCUCUUUGUUCAUGACCUGCUCCCUACGACGCGUUUCCCCUUUAAGGUGAUGUCGGACACGGCAACGCGUUAUUUAAUUAUUUUGUGUCAUGUCGGCAGGCAGAAACUUGGACCGAACAACAAAAGCCAGCGACGGUAGGAGGAGGGGAGUGUAGCAUCCCCGGCGGGCAUCAUCACAUGUCGGAGCGGCGGAGAGGCUAGCGGUGCUCGGGACUAGCUCGGUCCGGUGUCCUUGCUCGUGUCAGCGGCCAGCAGCGGCUCUUCAGAGACUCCAGCAGUUUGUCCGGUACAGAAAUGUCUGCCCAUGCUGCAGACUGGCACCGAGGCGCAGAGGAGAUCCGGUGAAUGCGGCGAAACUCGUGUUUAGGAUGUUCGGCAGAGACCAGUAGGAUUCGGGCUCACAUUUAGCAGCGUUUUAACGGAGUUUUCCCACAACUCUUACCAACCUUCUCCUCCACCUGCACCUUCAGCGAUGACAUCCCCAGACUCGCCGCCGUUGGUCUCCCCAUCCCCGUGUCCCGCUCCCCCUCCAUCCCUCCCCUCCUCCCCCGUGCCCUCCUCCCCCGCCCCGUCCUCCUCGUCCAUCCCGGCCCCGCCGUCGCUGCCUCCCACGGGCGAGGUGAUGGUGCUGGCGCUGGGCAGGAAGAAGCAGAGGGUGCUGAUCGCCCUCUCCAUCCUGCCCAACCUCUUCCUGGCCUUCCUGCUGUCCUCGGACCCCCUCAUCACCCUCUCCCCUCACCACCACUGCCACCUACCGGGCCCGUUGCCUUCGCCGGAGGUGCUGAAUGCCUCGCUGCCGUGGGAGAAGGGGGAGAGGCCCGGGGACAGCGGGGCCCCGUCCCAGUGUAAGCAGUACGCCAACGGCAGCCAGGCAGCUGUGGUGGACUGCGAGGCUGGAUGGGACUACAACGUGACGGAAGGGCUGAAGAACAACAUCGUUACUGAGUGGGACCUGGUGUGUGGUCAGUACUGGCUGGUCCCAGUGGAGGAGGUGUGCUUCAUACUGGGCGUGUUGACUGGCUGCCUCGGCUUAGGCUACGCCGCCGACAGGUUGGGCCGAUCUAAGACCCUGCUGACCUCUCUGACCCUGUCGGUGGUGUUUGGAGUGCUGGUGUGCGUCUCUCCGUACCCUUCUAUCUUCAUCGUCAUGCGUUUCUGUCUGGCUGCUGCUAGUGCAGGAGUCUAUCUCACUCUGUAUAUCACCCGCCUGGAGCUGUGUGAGCCGUCUCUCAGGCUGGUGGUGACCAUGAUGGCUGGACUGAUGACUGUAGCUGGAGAGCUGCUGCUGCUGGCUGUGGCCCUCGGGUGCCAGUCCUGGAGGGGCCUGCUGGGAGCUGGAGCCGCCCCGUUAACACUCUUUCUCAGCUACGGGGUUCCUGGUGUGUUUCCAGAGUCUCCUCGCUGGCUCCUUCUGUCGGAACGAUCUGCCGACAUGAACGCGUUCAGCGAGAGAAGAAACUCCAACAGAGACGUGAGGGACGAUGAAAGCUUCACAGAGCUGGAUUCAGAGCCGGCCCCCUCCUCACGCCCCCACCUGUCCUUCCCUGAGCUCUUCCACAGCAGGAACAUCUGGAAGAACAUGUGUGUGCUCGGCUUCACCUCAUUCAUCUCUCACGGCAUUAGUCACUGCUACAGCUCUUUCCGAGGUGACGUCAGAGGCACCGCCCCCAGCUUCUACUGGACCUACCUGCUCUCUGUGUGUGCGGGGGGCGGCGCCUGGCUGUUGCUCUGGGCGACCGUGGACAGGUGCGGUCGCCGUGGCAUCCUGCUCCUCUCCAUGACGAUGACGGGCCUCGCUUCUUUGAUCCUCCUGGGACUCAUGGAGUAUCUCAGUGAGACGGCCAUCACGGUGUUCUCAGUGCUGGGUCUCUUCUCUUCUCAAGCCACCGCCUCCCUCUGCAUCCUCUUCACUGCAGAGAUCAUGCCCACCAUCAUCAGUUUCACUCGGUCGUCUCUGUGAUGGACAGUGGCCCUGACGCCUCGUUCCAGAUGUUUAGGAUGUAGAUCUUCAUCCUCCAGCUAUCACCUUUCAUCUCAGUGUCCAUGCUGCCCUUCUUUCCUUCUAUGCAUUUGCUUUCUUUCUUCUUUUGAGCCUUGUGAGGUUGAGUUUGGCUCUUGUUUGUGAAAUCUGUCCUCAUGCCAGGUCUCCGUGGUGCUGUGGAGACCAAGGUGUUGACUUGGCCUCCUAAUUCCUUCAAAUUCAAAUGCAACGUCAUGUUCCUUUAACCGUCUCUGAACAAUGUCUGCAGUGUGUCAGGGAGUAUUAUCCUGCUGAAAGAGGGCACUUUGUAGGUGAUUUUACUCAUAUCAGAAUCAACAGUUUAAGACCUUGAGGCAUAUUUGUGAUAUUGGGUUAUGUAAAGACAUUUGAAGUAACAGUGAAUACACACAAGUAUUACAUGAAAGAGUCUACAUGUUACUGAAAUCAGUGUAGUUUAUUGUCAUUAUAAGUAACAGACAGUUUGUAUGAAUUUUACAUGUGCGUUAGUUGAAGGAUUUCCAAAUAUUACAAUGAAAUCGGGCUGUAAAACCAUUUCUGUUGGGUUGAUAUUUUGAGAAUAAUGACAGCAUAACUCUAAAGCUUCAGUUUGACCACAACUCAGUGUGAACUGCUGUUAAAUCUCUCUAAUCUGUUUUGGAAAUCCCUCUCGCUCUCUGUGAAAAUCUGAUCUGCCAGCUGGCAUGGAGGUGAAGCUGUCCAAGAGGCUGACCACCAACCUACAACACAAUAAGAAGAAAAUCAGUAGCAGAGGCACGUAACGGAGAGAGAGAGAGAGAACUUUACAGUAUUUUUUCAACUGAGGAGCUCUUUCACAAUGAAACAUACAGAGUAACAGCGACACAAGCAGCAAAACACCUGAUGAUUCAAACACUAAGAGAGGGACUGAGAUGUGCAACGUGAUCGAGGAGACGAGCUGCAGCACCUCAGAUGGGAAUGAAGGCAGCUGGCUACUAACCAACCAGGACUCUUUUACAACUAUCAUAAAAACUAAAAAUUCCAACAAUAAUCCUAAAAAGAGAGACUAUACAUAACGACGUGUGUUCUACCUAUAAUAUAACACUGCAGCGUUUUGGCCUUACUAUGUGAAACACCCUGAGACACCUUAUGUUAGGUUAUGUUGCUGUUAUAGCAAUAAAAUGGAACUGAACUGAAACGGAAUGUGAAGGAUCACAACAUACAUUUGAUAGUCUUUAAACCUCCCAGUGGAAUUUUUUGCUCAUUUUGUUUAUUAAUUCCAAAGUUUCUGUGUACAAUUUGUAUAAAAAAAGAACAGACUGAUGUAUAAUAUAUUAAAAUUGAUCAUGUUUUGACACCUUACAAACUGAAUAGAAUCAGGAUGAAGUAUAGUAAUCAUAAAUGUUAUUCAUAACUGUGUGUACUAUAAAAAAACACAGCAGGGAUCACAUAUACAAUAAACAUAUACCGCUAAAGCUUUGCACCUAAAUAAACUGUCAGUGGGUUCAAGGUCAACAGAAGGAGACAAUGUCCAAGAAAAAGACGUCUCAGUUUACAUCUCAUCGUCAUGGUGAAGAGCAGAAACAAUAGAGUCAACACUUGUGGGCAGGAUCAGACGUGCUGCAGUGUUUCAAGUUCAAGCUAAUAAUUACUGAGUUUUUAGUUUUCUUUACUGAGUUAAGACUGAGUGAGUAACCUUUAUCUGACACAUUGUGUGAAAUACUGAGCUCUGCAAAAUGCUGCCAACUUGACUGAAAGCACCUAAAUAUAAAAUAUUUCAGAGAAUAAUGUAAUAAAGAGUAAUUACCUCUAUUUCUGUCAGAUGGAGCUCUUCAGAGGUCUCAUUCAAUACUGAGGGGAUUGAUGGCAUUUGGUUUCCUGCCUACCAGAGAGAGUUUCAGGCUACAUGCAGAUCUGAAAGGAUUCUAAGACAGGUUUAAUCUGUGUAAGCACAAUACAUUUUACAAUAAUAACUAUUACUGAUAUUCAGUGAGACGUUCCUUUGGAGUUUAAUUAAUAUCAAGGAGAAACCAAAGACACACCACACAUUGAUGUAGAGUUUAAAAAAGUUUCAAAAAUAAAAAAUAAAAAGUGAAUUAAUUUGCAUUACCGCAUACAGUGAUGCAAAAAAAGUUUUUUGGACACCCUUAAAAUUUUACACAAUCUCAAAUAUUAUCAUGAAAUGUUUGUGGAAACAUAAUUUUUGUGCUUCAAAAGGUAUUAGAAAUACAAAUUGUAUAUGUUUUUUGUUUAAU